AUGACAUGCUUCCAGCUAUUUGGUUUAUUUUUAGUAGAAGAGGGUGUGAUGCAGCUGUUGAGUACCUUGAGGAUUGCAGACUGUUGCAUGACUGUGAGGCUAGUGAAGUUGAACUGGAACUUAGAAGAAGUUCCUGCUUUCUCCAGAUCUUUAUCUAAUGGGUUGGAAUAUGCUGUCCAGGGUUCAAAAGUUACACAUAAUCAGAAAGAAUCGGAUGAUGUUAAGGUCAAGCGGGAAGAAUUAUCAGAGGAAGACUAUGCUGAGAUUUCCCUUCUACAGAAGAGACUAAAGGAAGAGAAGCAGAUCAGAAAUGAGCUGAAAAAAAAGAUGGAACUGGAGAGAAUGGCUGCAUGGAAAAAUCGGUUAGAAGAAUUUGAAAAUAAGGAUUCAAUUCAGCACACGAUCCCUGCUGUAUUUAUUGGAAACCUCAACUCAUUUACUGAUCAAAAGAUCACGAACAUGGUGGAAGAUGAUUCAUUUGUUUCCGGCAAGCAGAAACUUUAUAGUGGGGAACAACUCUAUUGCCCGUCUUACUAUGUAGCUUUAAGUUCAGAUAAUUCAUGGUAUUUGUUCACAGAAAAAUGGAUAAAAACUGUUUACAAGACAGGUCUACCUGCUGUCGCUUCUGUUGAAGGGGGCACGCUCCCUAGAGAAACCCUGAAACAGCUCCUCCUGCGUGAAGAGUUGAUGUGGGAUAAAGUUGCAAAAUCAGAAUAUGGCUCUUUGUUAAGCACGGAUGGUUCUUUAGACACAUGGUCGUGGAGUCUCAAUGUUCCUGUGCUUAAUAGCCUUUCGGAAGAUGAUGAGGUAGAACGAUUCUCCCAGGAACAUCAAGAUGCUGUAGAAUGCUACAAGCAACAGAGCUAUGUAUAUGAACCUUCUUCUGUUGUUACUGGUGUUAUAAGUUAUUUAGAAGAGCAGAGAAAUUCGCUAAUUGAUCUCCAAGAGAGACAUGGUGUUAAGAUACCUUGCGAAAUAGAUGCCCAGUUUGCUGGGAUGGUUGAAGCCUGGACUUCAGGGUUGACCUGGAGGGAGAUAAUGAUGGACUCUGCAAUGGACGAUGGAGAUUUAGCCCGUCUACUCAGGCGCUCGAUAGAUUUACUAGCUCAGAUUCCAAAACUGCCAGACAUUGAUCCAGUUCUCCAAAAGAAUGCACAAAUUGCUUGCAGCGUCAUGGACCGAGUACCGAUUAGUGAGCUUGCCGGUUGA